AUGAUGGAAUUUGCUAUGCUUUAUUUCCGUCGCCCAAAGAAUAUAUCAAAUGUCGGAGAUUCUUUAACUACACAACGCAAAAAAAAAGAAUGGACAUGGAAAGAUAUAUCGGAUAAAGUGAAGUAUACGGAACGACCAAUAUCGCAUUCACUGCUUAGGCUGGAUAGUAAUGAAGCAGACAAAUUGGCACAAGAUGCAUUUUUAUGUAUAAUGCGAUAUAUGGGUGAUGAAAAUUUAAAAAGAGGACAAACAUUCACUGACUGUGUAUAUGAAUUACUUAUGAUAUGUCAUCAAUAUCAUGCACUACGAGAUGAAGUUUAUUGCCAAAUUAUACGACAAACAACGAGUAAUAAAAGCUCUCGAUCAGACAGCUUGAUUCGUGGAUGGCGAUUGUUUUCGAUUGUAACUGCGUAUUUCGACUGUUCUCAAGUACUAAAACCAUAUUUAUUCAAGCAUCUGAUAGAAAUGGCAAAUGAUUCGAGAAGAGCAUAUCAUGGUACCGCUCAUAUUUGUCUGCAGAAUCUAGCAAAAACAUUUAAAUAUGGUGGAAGAAAGUUUUUAUUGAGUGGACGUGAAGUUGAAGCUAUCACGACUGGCAAGAAUCUGAAACGACAGCUUUAUCAUUUACCAGGUGGCCAUAAGAAAGUGGUAAAUACGAAAGCAGUAACUGUAGUUGAAGAAAUUAUUCAAGAACUUUGCUUGGAACUUAAUAUUCGAAGUCCAACUGAACAGCAGGAAUUUUGCUUAUGUUACAUACUCGAAAUUGAGAAUAUAAUGAAACUUCUUUCGAAUGAUGAAUAUAUACUUGAUAUAUGUACUGAACUAGAGCAUAAAAAGAAGGAGUAUUUUUUAUUGUUGAAACGAACAGUUUGGAUUCAUCCUCUUCGAUUAGACAAUAUUCUAUAUAUCGACGUUAUGUUCUUCCAGAUUGUCCCAGAUUAUAUCGAAGGUUUACUGAUCGCCCCUAAACCAGCAACUUUAAGUGCUGCAUUCCUGGAAGAAGUUUCAUUUAUUGGUGCUUUGCUUCAUCUUUCUGAUUGCAAUGAACAAACAAAAGUGUCACCGCAAAAUGCGAUGAAUUUAUUGCCAAAGACAAUAGUUACAAUGCGAUCCGGUGAACAAUGGGCAGAACGAAUCAACCAUAAACUUUGCAUGAUUGAUGCAAAUAUGAAUUCUACUGAAGCACGAGCAAAAUUUCUAGGUUCUUUUUUAGUUCAAUUUUAUUUAGACUGA